ACAAUAGAUGAUGAUCAUGAAUGCAUGCGAUCUUGUACUGAUAAUGCACUUUCAAAAAGAUUAUGUCAUUACGAAUUUUUCGUUGGAGAAUUGCCUAGUAUAAUCAGAAUUCAUAAUGAUUCUAAAAGCAAUUACGAAUCGAUGAUUUACGACAAAACAAUUUCAUCGAAAAGAUUUCUAGGAAUCAAUGGAAAAAGUCCGGGUCCAAAAAUAGAGGUAUGUCUCGGAGAUACAAUAGAAGUCCUUUUGUAUAACAGAUUAGGGUCCGAUGAGUUAUCUUUUCAUUGGCAUGGAUUACCACAAAAGAAUUCCGCUCAUAUGGAUGGGGUUUCAAUGAUCACACAGUGUUCAAUAUUACCAUUUGGCGGUUUUCGAUAUAAACUAAAACCGGAAAAUGUUGGUACAUAUAUUUAUUAUGCACACGUGGUUUCACAGCAGGGCGACGGCGUAUACGGGUCGUUGACAGUUCGAGGACCACAAGAUGACCCUAGCUUGGAAAGGAUACUUCUCUUGUCAUCAAGGCCGCCAACUCCACUGUCGCAGUACUCGCACCUACAUCCACCUACGCCCAGUGAACUCCUCUUAAAUGGCCAGAAUAACGGAUCAACCUUGAACGUCCACCAUGGAGCGAAAUAUUUAUUACGGCUCAUUAACGCCAACGCGUACAACUGCCCUGUACUAUUGUCCAUAUCUGGCCACGAUUUUCAAGUCUCGGCUACCGAUGGCAACCCGGUUGAACCCGCGACGGGCAGACACAUCGUUUCCUUUCCAGGUGAGAGAUUUGACUUGAUUAUCGAAGCGAAUCAACCUCCUGGAAAAUACCUCAUCGAUAUAAGGGGUUUCUUGAAUUGCCAAAAUCUACAUCAGGAAGCUUUCAUUCUUUAUGACGAUACGAAACCAGAGUCUACUAUAAUAAAAGACGAGGAACUAUUGAAAAUCAAUGACUACGCAAUUGCGAACAAGGGACAUGAUUGUCACAAAAUAUCGAGGAAUCUCAUUUGUGCGUUGGAUUUAAAAGGAUCAAAGAGAGCCGAGAUUUACUCGAACGAAGUUAUUUAUAUCCCAUUCGACGUGAAUACAUAUUCUCAUUUUACGGAUGAAAUGUCCGAUUAUAGAUAUAAUGUUUACGGAUGUCCUUUUUAUCCAUCAGAUCUAAGUACAAAUAAAGAAGGAGUAAAAGUUGCGCAAAUUAAUCGCAUGUCUUUUAAGUACCCCACAUCUCCACUGCUGUCUCAACCAGAAAAUACACCCACGGAAUCAAUUUGCUCUCUUGAAAGGCGUUCAAGGGCAUGUACUGAUACACCAUUAUUUUGCGAGUGUAUUCAAGUUAUCGAAGUUUCGCCAGGAAAAAAUGUCGAUAUUAUUUUAUUAGACGAGGGAUUUGGUGGAAAUAUUUCUCAGACAUUUCACAUACAUGGCUAUAACGCAAGUAUUCUAGGAAGAAAUAGCUUUGAACAUGCAAUUACCAAAGACGAUAUUAUGCUGUUGGACCAUAAUAAGCAAUUACAUCGUAACGUUUUAAAUCCACCCCAAAAAGAUAGUUUUAUCGUACCAAAUAAAGGAUACGUUAUUCUUCGUCUUUUUACCGAUAAUUUAGGAUAUUGGUUGUGGGAAGCACGAAGUACAGCAAUUUCUCCAGGAAUAUCUGGACCUGUUAUGCAAUUUUUAUUGAAAGUAGGAAAUGAUAAAAACUUCUUAUCUGUUCCUUUAAAUUUCCCUACUUGCGGAAACAAUAAACAUCCGGACAUGAUAUUUGAACAAAAUUAA